GGCUGAACAAUGCCUGGCGGGCUUUGCCUCCAGGUCAGGCAUUCGCUUUUGCUUCUGCCCAAGAGUUAAAAAUGGAAACAGCGCUUUUCUUUCUUUAAAGAAGCCAAGCCCCAAAUAAGGCCAUGCCCAAGUGCUCCAGAUUCCUCCUCUGACUCGGCUCCGGCUUAUCUCUUGGGAAGGUUGCCUGCCAAAGGCCUGGGGGGGCACGUGAUGGCCACUCCUGGCGGGGGGCCCCAAUCUGGGAAGGGUUUAAAAGGGGCCUGCUGAGCCCUGAGCCCCAUUUGCCUGCCUGAUAGUUGGAGGCCACCUUCCUCUUGGGUCUUCUCGAAGUGACGUACAGUUUCUUUCUGCGGCAACGAUGGAGGCCAUCAAGAAGAAGAUGCAAAUGCUGAAACUGGACAAGGAGAAUGCCAUUGACCGCGCCGAGCAGGCCGAGGCUGACAAGAAGGCUGCUGAGGACAAAUGCAAGCAGGUGGAGGAUGAGCUUGUGGCGAUGCAGAAGAAGCUGAAGGGGACAGAGGAUGAGCUGGACAAAUACUCAGAGGCGCUGAAGGAUGCCCAGGAGAAGCUCGAGCAGGCCGAGAAGAAGGCCACUGAUGCUGAGUCAGAUGUGGCCUCGCUGAACCGCCGGAUCCAGCUGGUGGAGGAAGAGCUGGACCGUGCCCAGGAGCGUCUGGCCACCGCCCUCCAGAAGCUGGAGGAGGCCGAGAAGGCAGCCGAUGAGAGUGAGAGGGGCAUGAAGGUGAUUGAGAACCGGGCCAUGAAGGAUGAGGAGAAGAUGGAGAUCCAGGAGAUGCAGCUCAAGGAGGCCAAGCACAUCGCCGAGGAGGCUGACCGCAAGUACGAGGAGGUGAGCCUCCACUUGAGCAGCCAAGGCCUUUGCUAGGCAUCCCUUCUGCCU